UCAAUUUUACAACAUCCCAGUUCCGUUCUUCAAUCAGCUCCAGUCCAAGAUGAAAUCCUUCGUCGUUAUUCUGAUGGCACUGAUCGUCGCCGUUGCCGCCCAAAAUGCAAUCGACAAGUACACCACCAAGUUCGAUAGUAUCGAUUUGGACGAGAUCCUCAAGUCGGAUCGCCUCUUCCAUAACUACUUCAAGUGCCUUAUCGGCGAAGGUCGCUGCACCCCGGAAGGAGUUGAGUUGAAGCGUCGCCUGCCGGAGGCUCUGGAGACGGCCUGCACCAAGUGUAGCGAAAAGCAACAGGAAGCCAGCAAGAGAGCCAUUAAGUAUCUGAUGGAGAUGCGCCCGGAGGAGUGGAAGGUGCUGAAGGCUCUUUAUGACCCUGACAACAAAUAUGAGAAGGAAAAUUAA